AUGUCAGUCCACUCUGCCCCAGACUCCGACCAGCAAAUCUCCCCAUCGUUUCGUAUCUUCCCUCGACGACCUGGGCAGGAGCGGUCAGAGGACUCGGAGACCAGCGAGACGCAGAAGACGAAGACUCGUCGCUCCCAACGCGGCUCGUCUCGAGUGAAUCAGGGCUCUAACCACAUUUCCAACCUGAAAACCGCGGAGACUGUUUCCCAUGAGAAAGGUCGCUCUGUCGAGUCUCGUCGUGAGGAGGGUAGUACCAAAGCAAACACCACGGCAACCAGAACGACCCGAGCCGAGAGAAGCAUCGAGGAACGCCGCUUAGUCCAUUCCCAGCGAAGGCUCCUCAAGGAAAGCGGCGACUAUCUCGGCGUCCAGGGAUUCAAUCCUGACACAGGAGAAUUAGACAUCAUCACACCCUCGACGAGCAGCUCCGCAACCUGGGCACUCGACCCAAAGUUAGCCUCGUUCCAAAAGACGCAAAGGAAACCCCUCGAUGCCCGCAGAGGAGCCACAGUUCUGACGGAAAAGGACACCAAAAGUGUCUUGGACCGGGAGAAGGAGCGAUUUGCGCGCAAAGAUCGAGAAAAGGAGGAGCUUCGCAGAGCUCAGGAGAGAAUACAUUGGAAUCGGAAUCGUCAGCAGUGGUCAUCUGCACAAGAACCCAACCUCAGUCCUAUAGCGCAGUCAUCGGCCGGCAUGUCGAACCACGGUUCAGACAGGAAAGACGAACGGCCUAUGCCGCAGCCACAGAGAGUUCAGGAGCUCCUCGAACCGGUUCGGAGAAGUCCUCCACGUCCUCUAGUACCUUCAGGCCCUCCUGGUCCCUCAGGUCCCAAGUCUCACCUACCGAAGCAUGUACUCAUUGACGACGACACCGGCUCUUCAGAUACAGUACUGCAUGGCGAGGGGAGCAACCGCCCUUCUCCUGUUGCCCGCCAGCUAAGAGGCAACGAGAUAUCCUUCGGCAAAAUCAACACUGAAAGACCUCUUCCCGCCCUCCCGAGAGAGGACCAGCGCCAAAGAUCCGGAGUGCCCGAGUUGCAUAUCACGCCUCCUUUAGCCUAUCCAAGGCCUCGAAGUUCUACCCAGACCAUCAGACCGGGUGGGUUCAGCAAUAUGCCCAUUACGGAUUCUUUUUUAGGCCAACGGUGCCGGGGGUCAGUCAACCCGGCAGACGAGCAAGUACCCCUGGGCGCUUCCAGCCAGACGGCGCCAUCGAGCGUCGAAAAGAACGUUUCGCCAGGGCACAAUCCCUUGGGGUUCCUCUACCAGGAACAUUCGAGACGAACGGUCUCAGCAAUGGACACUUGGAUAACCCCGGAAGGCCAACAGGCGGACAAAGUCAGCGUCCAGCCCCUAUCAACCAAGAACGGCGAGGCGCGACUCAAACACCUCCAGCCAUGGGAGCAACAAGGCGACCUGAAGAAAGACUGGGAUCCCCUGGAAUCUUGCGAACUGGCGGAUCUUCAAGGGGAAAAGACCCUGGGUUCACUACAGCAAGAGACAGGAGGACAGGCUCACAUAACCGCAGUAAAUCCGUCCGAUUCGAAGAUGAACAAAGUUCCGUCUCCCACCAACGAAGUUACAGCGACUUCGUCCCGGUCAAAGUUAUGGUCGAUAUACCAAAGUCAUCCGGCAAGCCCAAAGGCCAUGAGCAGGAAAGAGGAGGUCGGGGCUUCGGUUCGGGAUCUGCUGGACAACCAUCUUGGCAUGACAAAGUUCAAGUCAGCUCAAGAGAACCAAUCUCUGACAACACCAGCAAGGCUACAAGGCGACUCGGCAACGGAAGUACAUCUAGUCUGGGCCGCAAAUCAGAAGAAGGCGGACGUGAUGGCCGACGCUGCUCUCACACCCAUCACCACCACUACUGGCUUCGACCAAAGUCUUGGUACGCCGAGCCAGUGCCGAAGGCCUACAAACCUCGAGGAGACACCAGAGAACGACAAUUGGAGCGUAGUGGCACAUCUACACUCAAGUCGACAGUUCAGCGAUCAGAUGUCAACGUCGACAGAAGACAUUUCAACGACAUCAAUUCAUUACAGAUUCGACAGCCAAGCGCAUGUUCUUCGAAAGGACCUCCCAAAAAUGUCCCUUCCAUACCAGCACAAAAGCCCAACGCCAGCGGCAAGAGAGAACACAGCUCUUCAAUGCCAGUUCGAUGGCCCAGCGGAGAGCAUGACAGAAGAGGCCCCGAUAAGUUCGGCACGUCACCAAGGCGCGAGCCAAAUAAUGACAAGACAGAAGGCAGUGGGACCAGUUCGUUACCGACCCAGCGAGCACACCUACAAAAUCAAGACAGACCGCCCAUCAAGACCGGACCGCCACCAAUCCAGCCUUCCCAUAAUGAAAUUGAGAAAGGACGGCCCAAGACUGCUGGGACGUUCCCGAGCCAGCAACCCAACGCCGUUGCCGAGAAAAGAAGGCCAGACGGCAUCAGUUCGGUACCGCCUAGGUUUCCAGGGGCUCAGCCAGGACCUGGCUUCGACAGACCACGGCUUCAGGAAAACUCUACGAGGUCCUGCGACCCAAGAGGCGGCCGCGAAAUCGUCUGUCAGCAGUUCCCCUACCAGCGAGAGCCCUCAGGCAAACUCAACGGGGAGCUCUGUCACAUCACUCACGUCCACGUCUAUGUCACCCCCGAACGAGUUGAAGGAAGCCGCCCCAGGCAACCUCAAUCAAACCUUAUGCCUGGAAGCGGCCAGAAUAGCAAUGGUCGAGUCGGGCAACAAGAUGGUGGAAACUCUGAGAGACCAUCGGGUGAACAAGGACAGCGACUCAAAGACUUCCAGCCUGAGGAGCUUGCCUGUCGAUGGCGUACUCAGGACGAGGUUGAGAAAUGGUCUCCACCUCGUCAGAGCAGCCAACAAGAGCAAGGCAAUUUGGAAAGACAUCAUGUCGAAUGGCGCGGUUUCGGACAUGGCCAAAGACGCAAAGGCACUCCGGCUAGGGACGCGAGGCGAUUGCAACAUGAGCGGGGCAGUUUUGAACAGCAACGAUAUGCGGGCCGCGAAAACGGAGACGGUGAAGAACAGGACCUUGCUCCAGUUGGACGGGGCGAACGACAUCGACUAUACAUACCGAUUGAAGACGGAUCAGCACGAAGCCGACGUGAUCAAGCAGAAGGAAGUGAACCAUUCCAGUCAGAAACAACAACAAAUUCUCAUCGACCAGACGAGGCCAGUCAACGUCAGUCCGAAAAAAGCGUGCGAUUCCAACCAGAAAGAGGUCUGCAAUACUCUCAAAACGACACAGCUACGCAGUCCUGUCAGUCAAGUCGAUCCAGCCAUGUUGAAGACUGGUUGCAGCAUGUCGACAGCCCACGAGGUCGACAAGUCCGAAGACGGCGUCAUCGAAGGUCGUUUGCGAAGGGAGGAGUGGCAUAGACAGACACGGAAAUACGCCACUCAAGGCAAGCAGCUCGCGAUCAGCCUAGUUCAACUGUACUGGGAAGUCAUAUCACCAUGCUUCGUUCCGACAUCGCCUCUCCGGCAGAGACUGGACAGCAGCAAAUCCACAUGGACGGACGUUGGAAUACUUGUGCUGGCGUUGAUCGGCGGUUUCAUGUUAUUGGCGGUAGCAAUCCGGCUGUCACAGGGAAUAGCAUGGAUGAUGCGGAUGAUGCGAAGUAUCCUGGGGAUUUGA